CCCGGGCUCUUUGUGGGACCCGGAGCUCGGUGGAGAGCGGGGAGCUUGGUCUGCACUGCCGACGCCGCUGGCAGCCGGGCUGUCUCGGGAAGGCGGACGGGAGAUCGCCCAGUACCCGCUCUCGGUUUGCCCGCUGCUUUCUGUGCCCGUCAUCCUCACUCGGGACGCAGUGACCGUUUUGGUGUUAUUUUUUGUUUUUGUUUUGUUUUUUAAAUCACAAGGGCGUGGGUCAGCCUCCCCUAGGACUUCAUGUCUGUAUAUUUCCCCAUUCACUGCCCUGACUACCUGAGAUCUGCUGAGAUGACUGAGGUGAUGAUGAGCACCCCAUCCAUGGAGGAGAUUGGCCUCAGCCCCCGGAAGGAUGGCCUUUCCUAUCAGAUCUUUCCUGACCCAUCAGACUUUGACCGCUGCUGCAAGCUGAAGGACCGCCUGCCCUCCAUAGUGGUGGAGCCCACAGAGGGGGAGGUGGAGAGCGGGGAGCUCCGGUGGCCCCCUGAGGAAUUCCUGGUCCAGGAGGACGAGCAAGACAACUGCGAAGAGACUGCAAAAGAGAAGAAGGAGCAGUAGAGUCCCUGCAGGCUCACCUGGGUCAUGCCAGCCAGCAUACCUGAACUGUUUUUCCCAUGGCGAUGGAAGAAGAGAGUGAGCCACAGUCAUUCUGAAAAAUGUCAACUGUGGCUUCCGUUUUGCACCUGAAAAUCACCGAGUCGGUUUUCUUUUCUUGUCUUUUUUUUUUUUUUUCUUUUAAUACGUUGAACAAUGGAGCCCUCUGACAACUUGCAAGGCUGAGAAAGGAAGCUGCUGAGAACAGGGCUGUGGGUGGGGGUGUGGGGAAGGGGUGCUGCUUCUAAGAUCCCUAUCUGAACUCUAGUACCAGAGGCAAUGUGUAUGUGCUGGUUGAGGGGGGGGGUCUGGUUAGGGGUGGGGUGUGAGCAAAUGAGCAAGAAAACAUUUGGGGUUACAAAACAAAACAAACCCCACAUUUUUGAAGAGAACACAGCCAGGAAGUGCUUACCAGCAUUUGCUGGGGCUGCUGGGCCGUCUGACAACCAUGUUUUUAUCCCCAGCCUUGUUGCUCACCACCGCUGCCAGCCUUUGCUUUCAUUUCAAGCAUCUUGGCUACCCGCAGAGAAAUAGAGCCCGUAGAAACUGCCUACAAAGCCAGCCGGAGGGCUGCACGGUAAAGAGAGAGUUCACCUGUCCUGCCCGAGGGCUCUGCGACCAGCUGCUUCAGGCUCUCAGAGCCCCCAGGGACCUGGAGGGCUGUAAGGGAUAGUACUUUUGAGUUUUUCUCCCUGUUGACCCUUUUUGCCUCCCAACACAUUGGGGAAUAGCCGGAGCACUUCCGCCCUUGUGGGACAUUCCAAGGCUGCAGCCUGAACAUGGAGUGUCUCCUUCCACCGUGGGUCUCCCAAGAGUUCUUACGGAGUCCCCACGGAGCAGAGCGGGCUGAGACUCAGCUCCCCCAGGCCUGCUCUUCCUUUUCCUUUGGCCACAGCAGUCGGGGUGGACGGUUCCCCGCUCUGCUAUGGACCGUCACCCAUCUGCUCAGCAGCAUCACUCCAAUGGUGUUCCCAGCCUGACUUCUGUGGGGGCUAAACACAGAGCACGCUUCCUGGUUGGCUAAUCUGGAUGGUGCCGCGUGGAUAUGCUGAGGCUCCCACGCGGCACCAGAUCUCCUGUGGGGUAGUUGUUAUGGGGUCACUGCUACUCCCCUGUUGCCCCUGAGGGAAGAUCUGGGGUACACUGGGGUAUCCUUGUGGAGCAGCGGCCUUCGUUCCUUUCCCACCUCACCUGUUUCUGGCAAGGGCGGCCGCCGCAUGGGGAAGUUAACAUCUGGACUGAGCCUCUGAUAAAGCUCAGACCCUUCUGGGAUGGCAGGUUAGAGAACAGUUUUCAGAGCUCAGAGCGGGACAGUUUGGUCAAAAGGCAGACUCAAAGCCUUCCUUGGGCUUCCCUCAGCCAGCUGAGGCACUCACCUUGUCCCCCCAUGUCUCUGUCAGUCCAGGUUGGACCCCCCCCCCUUUGGACUAGUGUGUCUAGCUGUAUUUAAUACCUCAAAGUCAGUGUGGCUCUGGGGCACGUUGGGGCAAGAGCGUGGGGGGUGCGCUGUUGACGCGGCAUUCAGCAAGGCUUGGUUUCAGGAUGCCGAUGGUCACCCCCCCAUCCCCUGCAUCUUCCCUCUGUCGUCUGCCUGUGAUACACACCGAUGGCAAUAACUUUUUUCCGGCUCCCUCGCAGAAGCGGGAGAGGGCUACAACCAACCCCGCGAUGGGGGAGCCUCUCCCUCUUGCUCUCGCUCUGCUCUAUUUUGGCUACAGAGAUCUCUUCAUCCUAUCUACUUCUCCUGCAGCAUUUCUCAUCCCUCACCUCCCUUUAUGGACAGGUGUCUGGCCUUCUAAAUCCCCGUGUUUCGGUGUCUUCUCACCCCUACCUACCCCAAUUAUCUGUUUUGGUCUUGCUGUGUAAUGGAAAUGUGCUUGUAAAUCCAGUAUCAAAUCGGCUUUGUGUAUACGUGUGUUUAUGGGGUGGUUUCUUCCUUUUGCUGGUCGCUAGACCAUGUUGUACAACUGUGUACAGUCUGAGCAGGCAGGGGCUGACAGCUGAUGCCAGGCCCCUCAGCGGUUGAGCCUGUUGGGGGGACCCAGCCGCUCUUGGACAGGUGUCUGAGCUCCUGUCUGGCCUCCUCUUUUUCUUUCCUUCUUUCUUCUUCUUCUUCUUCUUCUUCUUCUUCUUCUUCUUCUUCUUCUUCUUCUUCUUCUUCUUCUUCUUCUUCUUGUAAUUUGUGUGUAUUUCUAACUGAUCGUAUUGAAAAAAAAAGAAUCCUAGUAUUUCAGUGACAUUGCCUGUUGUGAGAUGAACCUCCUGUGACUUCUGUCUGUUCUGUUUUGAGGCUCAGGGAGAAACUAGCAUUUUUUUUUCCAAACUACUUUUUGUCACUGUGACAGUUGUAAAUAAAGUUUGAAAAUGCUUUCCA